AUGUCUCGACAAACAUACUACUGGUCUUUAACUGGUUUACUAAUAAAAUCCUAUUAUCCUAUGUUGUCAUAUGAUCAUCGGUGUCGAUACCAAUUGCCAACAAUAAUAACAACAACAACAACAACAACAACCACUUUAUCAUUACUAUCACAACCACUACUACUAGUAUUAGCCGCUAACAGUCUUAGCAAACUGUUUGACGCCACUAACCGUCGUCUCCGAUGCGCUCAUCAGUUAUCGACAAUUGACCAGAUUUUCAACGAAUCACAAUCAAAGAUAUUAAGAUUGGAUGUGAUAGGCUCUUGUGGAUAUUUAGGUGGUACCGGUACUGUCAUAUUCAAGUCAGACGGUCUGGUGCUUACCUGUGCUCAUAUGGUGGAAGACAUUCGUCAGGCUAUUGCCUAUUUUAAUGAUUUGCCAAUUGUUUGGCAGGGAAGUCGUCGGGCUCGGGUACUAUACGUCGAGCCAUUUAACGAUCUGGCAUUAUUGCAGAUCAUUUACGAUGGUGCCUACGAUCAGCUCAGGUAUGUACUAAAUCAGUUCGCUAUCGGCCAGCAAACAGCCAAUUUUGGCGACGAUAUUGUCUGUUUUGGUUAUCCGACAGAACAACUGACAGUUACCGACGGCUAUAUAGCUUGUCCACAGUGUAUACAAUCCGACAACACGGGAACUACAUGGGUUACGUUGGACAGUGGCCACAAUGAACACCGAAGCGGUGCUUAUUCCGGUUUCUCUGGCGGUCCGGUUCAAGAUUUAGACGGACAACUGGUCGGCAUAUUUCACAGCUGUUGUGAAAUUAUUAGGCGACGGGCCACUCCAUGUACUAAAAUUCAAGAGUUUAUGCAAAAUGCCAGUACUUUCAAUAGGGAACAGAGACUAAUCAAACAUAAUGGUAAACGUGAUGUUUGUCAGCGAAAUAGAUUGGAUGACCCAAUUGGUGGACACCAUCUCCAUCACCACCACCAACAACAACAACAACACCAACUGCGCCGCCGACGGCUACAAAUAGAGGUUUGUUGGUAUAAUUCAGCAAAUAGUAUCUAUUAUAGGAUAGUUUGCGCUAGAGAUGGUAGGCAAUUGCGAUCAAGGAAUGUCUACCUGAAUGGAAAGGGUAUAUUUGUUUAUCAAUUUUUCAACGAUACUCAGGGAAAUGUUUCUCUAAUAGAGUUUGACGCUAUCAUCAAAAUCAAUGGCAAACCUGUCGAGUCUAUUGGCGACCUAAGCCGGGCACUGGCAAUGAAUACUACCGUACGGUUGACUAUUGUUAGGUACGGUAAAGAAAAAGAGGUCGACGUUAAUGGCGAACAAUUGACGAAUGAUUUUAAUUAUAUUUAA